AUGACGUGGCAAGCGUGGUUGCCCCAGGCUCUGCAGUCUUGGGGUAACCGCGGCAAGACGGCGUCCAAGCGUGUUGCUGCGUCGGCAUUCGAUCUUUCUUCUCCAAAGGCUGGCGCGGAACUGAGUCCGGAUUCUCCAGAAGGAACAGCGCCCUCAGCUCGCGCCGGCAGCCCUGCUGAGGAACCGGACGCAGUUCCUUCGCGAGAAAGCGAGAUAGACGGCCUUCCGCGAGAUGCAGUCUGGCACUCUUUUCUCAGACAGCAAGACGGACGCGGAACAUUCUGGAGAGACCAACCCCAGCUGACAAAAACCCGAGCGUGUCCACCUUCAGGAGAUGUCGCAGAUGCUCCGGGCAUUGAAAAUGUUAGUGACUCUGAGGAGGGUAUUUCCCCUUCGGCUGACGGUGUAGAUUUUUUGCCCGUUGCUUCCAAUGCACCGCUGGUGUCUGGCGUCGACGAAAAAGCGAAGAAAUAUGUUUCCUGUGGAAGCCGUUCUGGUCAGCAGGCGGCUGCUUCGCCUGCCCCUGGCGACCCCAGGGUUCAUCCAGAGCUUCCGCACUCGCUUUCCGCCCCCCUUGUCGGUUCCGUAGCCAGUGUCAAGACAGAUGGGUCGCCUGUUGCAAGCGUUACGCCUCCCGACGGAGGAUAUCUUUCCGACUUUCUGACCGCGAACCAAGUGCCUCAACGUCCCACCUCUGCAGUCGCCGUGUCCACCUUCCAGUCCCUGGGCGAAGAGUCCGUUUCUGGCUCUGCCUUGAGUUCCUCCAUGCUCGGUCGUUCCCUGGGGUCGCGCGUCGCCUCUCGUCCCCGGAUUCCUCGGACAGUGCAACCGCUGCCCGCAGACCGGAGGGCAGCCUUGCCCCACGCGUGUUCGCGAACGAAAUGCCAGCACGUUUUUCCGCCAACGCAAUUGACUCUGCCGUUGCCACCGCCGUCGUGGAAGGAGGAAGAGCAGACCGAACAGCUCUGUCCGCUACGAGAAGCUACUCACCUGACGUUUCACGUGUACACAGACAUGGAUGCCUUCGAGCUGGACCGCAGCCUCGCCGUUGAGCUGUUGCACCAGGAGCGGAUUCGCGAGGCGUACUUGUGUCUCCUGCCACUCGUCCGAACCUACGGCGUGGACCGGAUUCUCCAAGAUGAAGACCUUUGCCUCGUCGCGUACAAGUACUUUGAGAUGCAGAAAAUGUUGACUUUGCUGGACGAGGACUCGCCUGCGCGCGAACGAAUGUCGUCUUUUCUCAGGAAACUCCGACGGUCCUUCUCCCGUGCCGACGCUCCCAAACGCGGCUCUUUCGAACAUGGAAAAGCAGAAUCUCUCGCGUCGUGUUCUGAAACGCAGUCCAGUUUGCUGCCAGACCGCGGGAGAAAAGAGUCCACCGGAUUUCCGGGUGCAGCGGCGCCAGAAGCCGAAACCGGCCCCGCAAGGAGACGCGAGAAACCGGAGCUAGGGGGAAGAGGCGAAGGGAGGGAGCAGAGAGAGAGCAAGGGUUCCGAAGGUUGCACGAAGAAGUUUCUGCGGUCGCGCUGGAGCGCGGGGAGAAAGAAGCAGAGAGGCGAGAGGCAGCAGAAUAUCUCAGAUCUUCGAGACGACGGAGGCGACAGGAUGAAGACGUCUGGGCUCUCCAGUGAAGGCAGGGGCGAGUGCAGAGAAGAGUUUUUUCGCGACAGCCGAUCAUCGGAAACCUCGUUUUGUGCGACGCCCUGGAGCCCCGAAAGAGGUCGUGCAGGCUCUGCGGACGAAGCGAGCACAUCGCUUCAAGAAGAACGAUUCAGAAGAGGCACAGUUGGAAGCGGAAGCAGCCCGCUUUCAGGUCGGACUGCCUGGGACUCGAGCGGCAGCUUGGAGGAAGACGGGAGAUGCCAUGAGCGGCUGGAGGCUGCGCUACGAAGGGGGGUCGCAGCGCGGUUCUCGCGAAACGCAGGAGGUUCUCUGUCCCUGGACGGCACUCCUUGGGUCCUCGCAGUCGACGACACCCCCUCCGUCAAGAUCUGGAACCGGAAAUACCAUCACAGCAGCCUGCUGUCUUUCCGGAUUGACGGCCUUGUCGACACCCCUCUCGUCGUCGUUCUCUCCGUUCUGAACGAGAUGGAUAUGUUCACAGACUGGGUCCCGAGCUACAACUUCCCCGUUCGACUGGGCCUGAAAGACGCCAUCCGAGUUGCUCAGUUCGGACGGGUGGAUCAGCUUGACAUCUUCAAGAUAGCAUUCCCGUGGCCAGUGAACGAUCGGGACGCUUGCUUGAGCAUUUGGUCGGCGGACGAUUUGGACGCUACUGGAAGUUACUUUGUUCGCAUGACCUCAUGCGAGGCAGGCGAGAAACUCCAAGGAGUGACCGUUCCAGCUCCCGAGCGCGGCACCGAGCGUUUGCACUGCGAUGGGGCAUUAGUGCUCCAUCCUCUUUCGCCUAACUCGGUUCGGGUCCAGCUUUUGUGGACAAUCGAUCCGCGUAUGAAUCUCCCAGAUUACCUGAUUACUUUCCUGACACGGGUCUUCGCACGGUCGGCGUUCCACGCAUUUCGUCGCGUCUGUGUAGCGGCUCUGAGGGACAGUCACCUACAGCGCCGAGAAACGCGGUCUUACCUGUAUAGAUUCGUUCAGGAUCGCUUAGACGCUUUGGCAGCUUCCUCUGUUUUGUAUGGCCGACACCGGUGGAGCGAAGAGGAAGCGUCGGUAAUCAGCGAGAGGAAAAGAAAGAGCUAUCGUAGCCGUAUCUCAGGACUUGUUUCAAAGCAGGCUCACCGCACCGUGCCGUGUCAAGAGCAAUGA